GCUUGCACGUUCAUUCACGAGACACGUUGUGCUCGUCUUGAUGAGGUGCUGCUUCAGUUGUUUCACUGCUUGACUUUCCUUCGCAAGCUUAGUGACCAAAAAUCCAACAAUCCAAAUCAGAAGCAAAUCGCUAGUGAAGGAAAUCGUUGAAAACUGUACGUAGAGCACCUGCGGGAUGGUAAGACGGAUUUUCAAACAGAAAUGAGCUGGAGAAACUGUACUAAAGCUCACUCAUUAUGCUCUCAAAUCAACGGCCUGUCGAGCCAUCCUCUGUGAUGUUUAUUGGCCACCCAACCAAACAACAGUCCGACAACAUCAUCGUUAAUAUGGAUAAGGACAAGGCUUCAGGGAUAUUUCCUUUGAAAUGUGCUGUUCAAAACUAUGCAUGGGGCAAGAUUGGCGAGAACAGUAUAGUUGCUAAACUAGCCAAUCAGGACAAAGAAUUCAAGUUAGAAGGAAACCAACCAUAUGCAGAGCUGUGGAUGGGAACCCACAUCAAAGGACCUUCACGCGUGGCUUCAUCAAAAUACAAAGGAAAAUCUUUGAGGGAUGUGUUCAUCGAGAAUCCGCGAUUGCUUGGGGAUCAUGUAUAUAAACGAUACGGUGUUCAGCUACCAUUUUUGUUUAAAGUCCUUUCAGUCAAUAAGUCGUUGUCCAUUCAAGCACAUCCUACAAAAGAACACGCAAAAACAUUGCAUUCACAAUAUCCGGACCGGUAUCCAGAUCCGAAUCACAAACCGGAGUUAGCAAUCGCUCUAAACAGAUUCGAAGCCCUCUGUGGUUUCAGACCAGCCUCUCAAGUUUUGAAUUAUUUACAUGAUGUCCCAGAAUUCCUUGCAGUCGUCGGUCAGCCAGCUGCCGAUGAGUUGAUCAACGCAGAACACGUGCAUUCAGGAGGAAAUAAAUCAGAAGCUGUUGCGAAGGCGCUCCGCCAGUGCCUCUCAUGCGUGAUGAAUUGCGAAUCCGAGACCGUUAAGAAACAGUUGAAGCUACUCGUGGAGAGGUUAGAAGACAGUCACUUGAAUCGUCAGGACACGACGCCAUACUUAGGUCGUUUGUUUAUGCGAAUUUACAAUGAAUUCCCAGGAGACGUUGGUUGUUUUGUUAUUUAUUUCUUGAACCACGUGAUUCUGGAGCCAGACGAAGCUAUUUAUCUCGCCCCCAACGUGCCCCAUGCCUACCUCAGUGGGGACUGCAUCGAAUGCAUGGCCUGCAGUGACAACGUUGUAAGAGCUGGCCUAACCCCGAAGUUCAAAGACGUCACGACAUUGUGUAACAUGCUAAAUUAUCGCCCAACCAAAGCGGAGGAGAAUAAAUUCAAGUACACUGUUAAGCCAAAUGACGAAUUUGUCUGUACAUACAAUCCACCAGUCGACGAGUUUGCAGUUGAUAAAAUUAAGGUACCUAAAGGUAGCACAAAUUAUGCACUUGCUCCAAUAAACGGACCUAGCAUCGUUUUAACAGUCAAAGGCAAGGCAGCAGCAACUAAUGCAUUGAGCGAAAAUGGCGACGAAGUGGAGACUCUCCAGCCCGGAGCAGUGUUAUUCAUUGGUGCAAAUCAAUGCCUAAGAGUCAUCACUGUCCAGGAGGAUCUUCUCAUGUUCAGAGCCUUUUGUGAGCUGCAGACGUGAUUUAUGAAUUUGUGGAUGUAUAUCUUGCAGUAUUUUUCUAGAUGCGUGAGGUAAAUAUAUAGAAAAUUGGUACAGUAUGUAGGUGACAUUGAACGAGUGAUGACCGUUGCUAAGCAAUCGGCUUCAGCCUUAACUUCCUUUUUCUAAAUAUGCAAGUACGCUUUAUGCACAAAUUUAAUUUCUUUCAAAUUGAAAAAAUCAACCGAUGCCUUUUAUUGAAUGUAACCUACGCGAAAACUUAAAAUGCAUUCCAAUAGCCGACACCCUGCGACUCCCCUACGACUUCUCUGCGAUUCCUCUGCAACUCCCCUACGAGUUCCCUGCUACGCCUCUUCCACUCCCCUGCAACUCCCAUGGGACUCCCCAAGAAGCGAAUUAACAACUUAAAUGCGGGAUGAUGCGUUGCAUUUUUCAAAAAAAACUAGUCGAAAAUCUCCUUACUAUCAACAUGGCAUCUCCAUUAUCCCAUCAGCACAGCUUUAUGUGUGAUUAUGCUACGUUUAUAAGAUCUGUCCAUUUAAAUUAAAAAUGAUACCGUCUUCCUUCAUAGCAUUAUACCACCUUCCAUUCGCUAAUCCAGAAGAAAACCCUUUAGCGAGCUCUUUUAAGCUUCCUGCGCUCGUUGAGCAAGUAUUUGAGUUCAUCGAAAGAUUUGAGUUCAUCGCAGGAUGGAUUGGGCAAAGUACCUCGUGUAAAUGCACCCAUUUUGAACGGAGAAUGUUCCGUUAUUUAUUUGCAUAAGGUUGCUUCAUCUAUAGAUAAUACGCUUGCUGCUCGCAUGAUUGUUAACCGCUGAGCUAUGUUGCACUAUUACCGAAGCUUAUUCACAUAAUUUAUGCACGGUUUUCGUAUAUUUCAACUGUAUAGUACAUCUGUGUAUUAUACACGGUUGUACAAAACCCCUGUGUCAGUGCUUGACUGUGUACACAGUGGAAAACCUCUUACUGUGCCGAUUUUUUUGUAUCUUUACCAAUAACGUCAACUGUGGUACCGAGAUUUUGUAUCGCUGGUAUGAUUUUCGAAAUGACAAAGAAAACAGUCUAGUCUAUCAGCCAAAAUGUGAAAAUUAAUAUAUUCUACCAUUAUUGUCGUUAAUUGUCCUUGCAAAGUUUGCUUCAAUGUAAAUUUUUAAGGUUGUAACAUGUCCAGUACCAAAUUUGAACUUCUAGUGCAAUUUUAAAACCCAUAUCCUGAACUUUGUGUAGUUACAACAAUACGAGGGUAGAUCAUGUGAAUAUUAAAGAAAGUCUUAGCUGAAUCCUAAGCUUUACCUAACCUGCAUUUUUAUCGGCUUUGAAGCGAUUAACAUCGAGAGAGAAAUUGAAAAGUUUUGACCAAAUCAUAUUAACUUCUUUCUUAUUUAUAUUAAGUGAUAAAGUAGUAUUUGUCACAUGCUGGACAUUCUCUGACCUUUUUAAGAAAUUACUCCAGCACUUUGCUCCGCGUUUGCAAAGUUAUUUUGGAAGCAAGGAAGCUGUUUAUGUUUUGAAAUGCCAUGACUUGUGUUAAUAACAACUAGAUACCCUGGUCCCACACCGGGGGUAUCCUCCAACAAAGCCAAGUAAAUAUAAGCACUCCAAGUUUAUACACAUCUUACCUCUGUCGCCCGUUUGGCAAUAAAGUUCUUGUGAUAACGUCGCGACGCGUCGGAGACUGACCUUUUAUCAAAGCUUAAAAAUACUGGAAAAAAACUUUGUUGUUUUGUCUGCUUCAUGUUUUUCUGUAGUAACUUCCCAAUACACUAUGUUUGAUGUUAUUUUUAAGCAUGAUAAAUCCACUUAGGUUGAGACUAGAGAAUUGGGAUGUUAUAAUGGAAAGCUUGCUUGCCUCACCAGUCACUGCUGUCAUACAAACACAUAAUACCUUGCUUCCAUAUAGGACGGCUUGUGUCUACAUGUCUUAGUGAUGUCGUCUAGUUUCUAUCACGAUUUGGCACUGUUGUUAUCUAUCAAGUUCAGGCGGAUCAACUGUAACUUUCGGUGCCUCGUUUGCAUACUGCCUCGCUCGAGACAAUCUUUGAAAUUUAUAAUAGUUGUCUGUGGAAUACCUAAGCCUAAACUGUGCCAUCAUGUUGAACAUGGCCCAUCCACACCUGAUUGCCAAACCAUUUUUUAAUUGUGAUAUUGCUGCCUGAAACUCGAGAUAGUAAUUUAAACUAAACAGCAACUAUAUAAUCUUAGCGGCUAAACUCUGUACAGUUUUAGGGCUAAGGAAUUUCUCUAUGGCGUUGUGCUACUUGAGACCACGACUAUACUCGAUGGUAGUAAUUGAUCAACAAUCAGCUGCUUUAAAGAUUUGUGACAAAGAUUAUUAUGAAGUUCUGGUGUCUAGCAUAAUUUGGCCCUCCUAAAGCUGUUUUUUUGAUCCGCCCCUAAACCUCGUCAAACCAUUAAAUCCCUUUAAUGCAACGAGAAACGCCAAAAAACAUCUGUGAUUGAUAAGACGAACUUAAUAGAAGCCAGCGCUCAUAUUUUUUGAAUAGAAACUUUAUGUCUUAUUUUUUGUUGUACACAUCAAAAUAGCGAACACGUAACGCGUUCAGUUAUGGUAGUCUUCGCUCGAAUAAUAAAAUGUCAACAAAAUACGCUAGUCCUGUUGCAUAGUUUCGAAAAGCUGUUGCAAUCAUAUGAAAAUUUAUGUGCUUAUAAAA